AUGACUGUGUUGGACCUGCGGAGCCAUACUGGCGAAAGUGCUGAGCGAACUGGAACCAAUGAAGCUGUUGCAUACUCUAGGUUGAGUGCAGAGGAAGAUAAGUACGGGGUAUUUGUGGAUGUAUCUAAGCGCGUUUCGGAGGCAAACGGGGUUCACGCGCUGAGCGCACCGCGACUGGACGAGCCGCUGAGCGCUGCUGCCGCUGCACCCGCCCCGUCCAGCAACCGUGAAGAAACGCUUCCAUGCGGCGAGCCGCAGGAGAGCCACUGGCACCAGUACGUUCCGCGACGCACCGUACUCUUGUUGUACGCACUGGUGGCCUCAGAUGCAUGCACGCUCAUGGUAAUUGGGCCCUUCUUACCUGCUUUCGUGGAGCAACGACUUGGUGUGCCGCUGCGGAACGGUGCUUCCACGGUGGGUAUCAUCAGUGGUGCGUACAACUUUGGGAAUAGUUUGCUGGCACCACAGCUGGGAAAUCUGAGCGAUCACCACGGACGCAGGCCCUAUUUAUUGUUCAGCGUGGUCGUUUCGGCGACGCUGACUUGUUGUUUUCCGUUCACACGGCGAGCCUGGGCAGCAGCGGCGCUGCGCUUUACCACCGGCGUGCUCAAUGCGUCGAGCACUGUGAGCAAGGCCUAUCUCGCGGACCUAACGAAUGCUGAGCGCGGUGUGCCAGCCAGCGAGCGAGCGUUACUCUUCGGCUACUUCGGUGCGGUGUGGGCGAUUGCACGAAGCACCGGCUCAGCGGUAAGUGGCGCGCUCACUGGAGUCUCACUACCUCUCCUCGGGAUCGAUGCGAGCGCGAAUCCUUUCAUUACUCCGUGCCUGGUGAUGUCCACCUUCCUGGGAAUGGUCUUCCUGGUGGCAGUGGUUGCCCUGCCAGAGUCACGGACGCCGACUGAGCGCCGUCCUCGACGAGCGACGGACGUUGUCGGUCUCCUACCGCGGGCUCGUGUGAUUUUCGAGGUCGGCGGCCCGUCCUUGCGAAGACUGCUCCUAUGUAAUGCUAUUCAUCAAUUCUGCAACGGCGGGCUGCUCAUUAUCCUGGUGUUGUUUGGUUCCGAGAGCCGCCUGCGAGGCGGUAUGGGGUUUGGCCCCAAUGCCGUCGGCAUAAGCUUCUCUUACUUUGGGCUCACUGGUGUUCUAUUCCAGCUAACGUUCUUCCGUCGCGUGUUGCGACGCCUUGGUUCGCGCCGCAUGUACCUGCUCGGUACAAGCCUUCUUGCGAUAGGUACCUCUCUGGUGCCAGCUGCGCUGCCUCUGAGCGAAGGCGUUCGGCACCUGUUGGGCGCAGCGGCCGUUGCAGACACGCGAGCGUCCUCCAUUGGUACCCAAAUGAGUGACUGGCUCCCUCUGCUGGUAUUGCUAACGCCUAUAGGAGGCGGUUUCAUGGCCGGCUUGCCGAUUCUGAAUACACUGGUUGCGAACGCUGCCCCGCUCGAAGUGCAAGGGCUUGCCCAAGGGCUAUCGCAGUUCUCGGGUGGUAUCCUGCGGACGCUGGGCCCCGUGCUCACGGGCACUGCGUUCGGUUACCUGGCCGCACGCGCACACCUCUGGUUCAGUUUCUUUGGCCUGUCGCUUCUCUAUGUGCUUUGUGGGACAAUUGUUGCAUCACUGCCGCCAACCAUUGAGCGCAGCUACGAGGAAGCUGCUCAGAUACAUGCCGAAGAACAAGCACUGCGCCUAGCUGUUCGUGAGCACGACGCCGCUCCGAACGCAGCUGCGGGUGACUCGGUGCAAAAAGGCACUGUGGUUGAGGCAUCUGCGACGUCAGUGCGAGUUGCCAUGUAA